GGGCGGGGCUGGCAGCGGCCGGGCGCGUGGGGCGGCGGCAGCGGUGGCGGUGCGAGGGGGCGGGGCCGGGGCCGGGGCCGGGACCGGGACCGGGACCGGGACCGGGACCGCAGCGGCGGGACCCGGCUCCGCACGUAGCCUGAGGCCGCCCCAGGAGCCGGGCGGGGGGUGCCCCGGCUGCGGCCACAGCAGAGCCUCUGGUCCCGCAGAGGGAUGGCGGCGGCGCGGGGCUACUGGAGCAGCCUGCUGCCGCUGCAGAAAGCCGCCGUGGUGCUGGGGGUCCCGGCCGGCACCGCCGUGCUCUACAUCCUGUACCGCCGGUACCGGGAGAGCCGAGAGGAGCGUCAGACCUUCGUGGGGGACGAGGAGCUGGAAGUGGAGAUGCGGGUGCCCCGCGCAGUCGUCAAGUCCAUCAUCGGCCGGAGGGGAGCCACCAUCAAGAAGCUGCGGCAGGAGACAGGAGCUCGCAUCGACGUGGAGGGAGAGGAGGAGGGCGAGGAGGCGGCGCUGCUGAUCUCGGGCUCGCCGGUCCAAGUGUGCCAGGUGAAAGCCGCCAUCCACCAGAUCGUGGCGGAGAGCACGCCGGUGUCGGAGCAGCUCUGUGUGCCGCAGAGAGCCGUCAGCAGGAUUAUCGGCCGUGGCGGGGAGACUGUGCGGGGCAUCUGCCGCAGCUCGGGGGCCCGGGUGCUGUGUGAGCGCGAGGCCGGUGCCAGCCUGUGCCCGGUGAGGGCCAUCCAGCUUUCGGGGACACGGAAGGAGGUGGAGGCCGCUAAGAAACUCAUCAUGGAGAAGCUGAUGGAAGACAACGUGUUCCGGAGGGAGCUGGCGCAGGCGGCGGUGGCGCGGUGCCAGCGCAAGGCACUGCUGGGCAGCCGGUGGGAGCCGGAGCCGCUGCCCAACGGGGCACUGGAGCACAGGCAGGAGCAUGAGGGUUUGCCAUGGGGUGAAGGUCUGCUCAGCCUGGUGCCCUCCGAGGAGACGGUGGAGCAGGAGGCUGAGAGCGAGGAGCUGGAGGAGCCCGGUGCCCCCAUGCCCAAAUUUGAGGUUCCCAGCCCCGAUUUCGCCUUUGACGCCGACGAGCACCUCGAGGUUUACAUCUCGGCCGCCGAAAGCCCCGACCGGUUCUGGAUGCAGCUGGUGGGGCAGCGCAGUCUGCAGCUGGACAAGCUGAUGGCCGAGAUGCGCCAGUACUACCAGCACCACAGCCCCGCGGCGCUGCUCUCCGACGUGCAGCCCGGUGACAUCGUGGCUGCUCCCUUUGCCGCUGACGGCAACUGGUACCGCGCGCGCGUGCUGGGCCCGCAGGACAACGGCAACCUGGGUCUGCACUACGUGGACUUCGGGGAUGGCGGCGAGGCCCCGCGCCAGGCGCUGUGUGCCCUGCGGAGCGACUUCCUGAGCCUGCCCUUCCAGGCUGUGGAGUGCGGCCUGGCCGGUGUUGUGCCCACCGGUGCUGGUUGGGAGCCGGCGGCACUCGAUGCCUUCGCCCAGCUCACGCACUGCGCCACAUGGGAGCCGCUGCUCGCCCGCAUCGCCAGCUACGGCCCGACAGCGCCGUGCCCGCGGCCCCGCGUCCGGCUCUUCGCUGUGCACGGCGGCGUGAGCCUCGAUGUGGGCACCGAGCUGGUGCGGUUGGGCCACGCUGUGCCCCGGCCGUGCCACGGAGAACCGGAGGAGGAGGAGGAAGAGGAGGCACCGCAGGACGCCCCGGUGCCGCCGGUGGCCGCCGCCGGAGCUGGGGAGCCCGGUGACCCCCCACCUGCUCCCGUCCCCCCCUGCCCUGCGCAGGCGGCGGCGUGAUGCUGAGAGCUCCCGGUGCCGCUGUGCUGGCACAGCCGGUACCGGUCCCGUUCGCCCCUGGUCCCCGUUGGACACUUCGCCCCGGCCCCGGUUGUUGGCGCGGGGUGGGGGGGGCAACACCACUCGUUCAAUAAACCGGAAUGUUCUGCAGCA